AGCACGUGGCCGGGUCCCAUUCGGGGCGGGCGGCCGUUGAGGAAUGGAGGAGGCCGGGGAGGAUCAUGAGGCCCCGGGAAGAGGACGAGAACGAGGCCGGGCAAGGGCCCUCUCGCUGGGCCAGGGGCUGGAGGAGGGCCCGGCGGGGGAUGCCUCUCGGGGUCUGGCAGGAGGUGCCUGAGCUGGUCAAGAUCGGAGGCCCAGUGUUCGUGGCACAAUUGCUGGGCUUCCUGAUCAACGUGGUCAGCUCCAUCUUCUGCGGCCAUUUGGGCAAAGCCGAGCUGGACGCCGUGACCCUCGCCGUCUCGGUCAUCAAUGUCAUCGGCAUCUCCAUCGGCACGGGCUUGGCCUCGGUCUGUGACACGCUCAUGACCCAGACCUACGGCAGCCGCAACAUGAAGCGGGUGGGCACCAUCCUGCAGCGGGGCAUCCUGAUCCUGCUCCUCUUCUGCUUCCCCUGCUGGGCCGUCUUCCUCAACGCCGAGCGCAUCCUCCUCCUCUGCCGACAGGACCCCGAGGUCUCCCGGUUAACCCAAGUUUAUGUGAUGAUAUUUAUUCCUGCUCUCCCAGCAGCGUUCAUCUACCAGCUACAGAUCCGAUAUCUGCAGAGUCAGGCCAUCCUCCUGCCCCAGGUGAUCACCGGUGUGGUGGCCAACAUCCUGAACAUCAUCAUGAAUGCCGUCUUCCUCUACACCUUCGAUCUCGGCGUAGUGGGCUCAGCCUGGGCAAAUACGCUCUCCCAAAACUUGCAACCGCUGCUCCUUUUCCUUUAUGUUUGGUGGAAAAAGAUACACAAGAAAACAUGGGGAGGCUGGGGGUGGGACUGCCUGCAGGAGUGGGGGGGCUUCCUGCGCCUGGCGCUGCCCAGCAUGCUGAUGAUGUGCAUUGAGUGGUGGACCUUCGAAAUCGGGAGCUUCCUCACCGGAAUGAUCAGCGUCGUGGAGCUGGGCGCCCAGUCCAUCAUUUUCGAACUGGCCACCAUCGCCUACCUGCUACCCCAAGGCAUGAGCGUUGCGUCUGGGGUCCGGGUGGGGAACGCUUUAGGGGCCGGUGAUGCAGCACAAGCCAAGACGUCGUGCAUCACAGGCCUCCUCUGCUCUGGCGUCUUUGCGGUAAUCUUUGCAGGACUCUUGGCGGCCAUCAGAAACGUGGUAGCCUACAUUUUCACCAGCGACAAAGAGAUUGUGGCCUUGGUCUCCAAAGUCAUGAAGAUCUUUGCUCCCUUCCACCUCUUCGACGCGAUAGCCGCCACCUGCGGAGGGGUUCUGAGAGGCGCCGGGAAGCAAAAGGUUGGAGCUAUCGCCAACGCGGUCGGCUACUACGUCGUCGGCUUUCCCAUCGGCAUCACCCUCAUGUUCAAAUACGGCCUGGGAGUCAUGGGUCUCUGGACCGGGCUGAUUGUCUGCAUCUCCUUGCAAGCUGUUUCCUUUCUGGUGGUCGUCCUGCGGAUGGAUUGGAAGAAAGCCGCCGAAGAGGCCCAGAUCCGGGCGGGAUUGGGGAUCCGGCUGCAGGGCGAGGCGGAGGAGGAGACAGCAACUGGCAAAGCUGUGCCUUUAGCCUACUUGGCCACUGAAACAAGUGUCCCCAAUGGCGCCGCCUUCGUGGGCUUGGGCCCUGACGACGGCGGGGCUCCGUCCGCACACCAGCUGCUCCCCUCCGAGGAUCUACCGGAUUUCGCCGUCUUGUCCGGGAAGCAGCUCUUGGUCCGGCGGGGGCUGGCUGUGGCCUUGGCCGUGGGCCUUUUGAUCGCAGGGAUCCUCACCCGCUUCCUGCUGGACGGCCGGUAGGAGGAGCAGAAAAGAUCCCGUCGGGUUCUUCAGAUUGCAAGGAGGGAUCACCCAGGAUUCCUUUGCCAGAACCUUGUUGAAAGGUUGGGAUCCUUCCAUUAAUGGGAUCCGGCAAGAAGACAUCUAUUUCCCAUUGUAUUCCUUCCAUUGAUGGGACCCUUCCAUUCAUCAGAUCCUUCAAUGUGUGGGAUCUUUUCAUUGAUGGGAUCCACCAAGAGGAAAUAUGAAUAUUUCCCCCUCUAUUCCUCCCUCCACCAGUUUUGUAAUUCUUUAUUUUACAGGGUUUUUACAAAUAAAAUUGGUUUUCUGACA